GGACUUCAUCCGAGCAAAACAUUCAUUUUCCGGAGCAACAGCAACUAUAUACAUGCUCACUUCAUCAGUGUGACUAUCGUCGCACUCGAGAGCGUCAAUGUCACUGCUCCGCGAAGCUGAAAAAUGUAUAGCUAAUCAGAAGCUCUUUACCGAGCUGAAUGCUUUUAUUACUCCUCUUCAGAGCCUAGGAUCCUAUGCAGAUCGUAUUCGAGAUGCGGAUGUGCGAAGGGAGAAUGGGACUUUGAAAUCCCCCCUCGACGGUCGCUUAAUUGCUAUCAAAGACAACAUCUGCACUCGUUCUCUACCAACGACAUGCGCCUCCCGAAUGCUCGAGAAAUUCACAAGCCCAUUCGAUGCAACAGUAAUUAAUUCCUUGGAAAAUGCUGGAGCUAUAAUCGGCGGGAAAACAAACCUAGAUGAAUUUGGUAUGGGCUCUCAUUCGACGCAUUCUCAUUUUGGACCGGUUAAGAAUUAUUUUGAUAUUGUGAACGGGGAUGGCUCGGAAAGAUCUCUUUCUGCUGGUGGGAGUUCUGGAGGGAGUGCGGUUGCGGUUGCUACUGAUCAGUGUUAUGCUGCAUUAGGUACGGAUACCGGAGGAUCAGUGAGAUUGCCUGCUGCAUACACGGGCAUCGUUGGAUUCAAACCUUCUUAUGGUCUGAUAUCUCGCUGGGGAGUUAUUGCAUACGCCAACUCGCUGGACACAGUCGGUAUUUUGGCCAAGAGGACAUCAAUUGUCCGCGAAGUCUUCAAUAUUCUGAAUCAUCACGAUGCGCGAGAUCCCACUAACCUAUCUACCUCUACCCGCUCUCGAAUAGCCACCGCCGUGUCACAACUCCACUCCUCAAGUCGCCUAUCAUCUCGCCCACUACGAAUCGGCGUCCCCAUCGAAUAUAAUCUGACCGAAAUGACAUCAGACGUCCGCAAAGUCUGGCUCUCAACACUUCAGACCCUCGAAAAACAAGGCCACACCCUCCACCCAAUCUCCCUCCCAUCCACAAAACACGCCUUAUCAGCCUACUACAUCCUCGCACCCGCAGAAGCAUCUUCAAAUCUAGCCAAAUACGACGGCAUCAGAUACGGCACACGAGCAGAGGGUCCUGAUAAAGGCGAAGAACCCAACGACUAUCUAUACGCGCGGACCCGGGGCGAAGGAUUCGGCGAUGAAGUCCGUAGACGUAUUCUACUGGGUUCAUUCAGCCUCAGCGCAGAUGCAAUGGACAAUUACUUCAUCCAGGCGCAGCGCGUUCGUCGACUUGUGCAGAAUGAUUUCGACAAUGUCUUUGCAUUAAAGAAUCCGCUUGGCGAUGACGCUGAGGUUGAGAAUCGGGCUCCGAGUCCUGCGGAAACGAAAGUGGAUGUUAUCAUUGGACCUACGACGGCUUCUCUUCCACCUAGUCUGGCGUCUGUUACUGAGGAUCAGGAUUCUGCUGUUUCUGCGCCGUUGCAUUCUUAUGUCACGGAUGUGUGUACUGUGCCUGCGAGUUUGGCGGGUUUGCCGGCUAUCUCAGUGCCUGUUCCAGCACCGACUGGCAAGUCACUGGGUGAUGGGAAGACUGGAUUUGAUAAAGUCGGGAUACAGAUCAUUGGGCAAUAUGGUGACGAUAAUCUUGUGUUGAGAGUUGCGGAGUUAUUGGAAGUCAAUUGAUUGAGCUUGCAAGAGCCUCACCUGCUGUUAUAGACUGGGGUUUGUAUGGUUGGAAAUGUACGAGUAUGUUAA